AUGGCUGAUAAUCCAUCAACCAACAAUUCUACACAAAAUAAAUCCAACAAUGCAGGACCAUCGAAUCGCCGUGAUGGUUCAUCAAGGGGACGUAGUGGUUGGCGUGGUAAUUGGCGUGGCAACUACCGCGGAUAUCGUCACCAGUCCAAUGUACCCAGGGAAAAGCCGAUAGGUUUUGCACUUCCUUCAUCUGCUGGCGAAAGUUCGCUUGGUGCGAGCAGUAGCACACAAACCAGUUCGUUUUCCACCAGCCUAGCAACUAGUACAUGUGAAUACGCUGGUUGGAAGCUAUAUUUUCCCAAAGAAGAUUAUUCGUCCGGAUCUAAAACGGUUCAUAAUGUGCGAGCGAUGCAAAAACAUUACAGAGACUUUGCCGAUCUGUACGAUCUGCCGUUGGUGAUGAAAAAUUGCUGGUUUGAGCUAAAGCUGGAUGCGUGUGACAACGAUAAACAACUGCGUGCGCAAUGGUCCACUCUACGGCAGGAUUUAACGGACAAUCCCGAAAACACACUUGCCUGCAUCGGACUGGCCAUGCACCAGACGCUUAUGAAGGAACAGUUCUGCAGUAGCUCCCAGCGCGAUGCAAACCUCUGUCUUCAAACCAUCCGACCACGGAUAGUGGGCUUCGGACCGGAAAUUUCGAUCGGUUCGAUCAAGGUGAGCAGCUUCGGUAAGUUGGUAUCCGUGCGAGGAACCAUCAUCCGGGCGGGUGCAUCACAAAUCAUGAACACUUGGUGUGCCUUUCGCUGUGCGUUGUGCAGGAAUGAGCAGGCCGUCCAGCAAAAGGAUGGCCUAUACACCACACCAACAGCCUGCCACAGCGGAUGCAAGGCCCGGAGUCAUUUCGUACUUCUGCAUCGGUCGGUAUUCACGCGCAUGGAAGCGUAUCAAACCAUUCGGCUGCAGGAAACUACCCAAGGCUCACGGACCGUGGCCGGCAGUGCGGCCAAAAACAUCGAGAUAGAGCUGACGCACGAAAUGGUGGACAGUGUGUGCCCGGGUGAUGAUGUCACCGUGACGGGUGUUUUGAAGGCCCGGUCACUGGAACCGGAUGGAACGGCAAGGGCGAGUUUGUUCAAAGCUUACAUGCAGGCGGUGUACGUACGUAGCAAUAAAAACGUUUUGGCCAACUGGAACCGACUGGCAGAUUUCACCGAACUUGAUAUGGAAGCGAUCCAGAUGAUAAAAUCGGAACCAUCUCCCUUCCGACUGUUGGUACAAUCGCUCUGCCCGUCCAUUUAUGGACACGAGGUCGUUAAAGCGGGACUUUUGCUUGGACUGUUCGGUGGACAUGCGAAUACCGCUCGUACCCGUGCCGAGAUACACGUGCUGGUCGUUGGCGAUCCGGGUAUAGGCAAGAGUCAAAUAUUGCAAAGCUGUGCCAACGUUUCGCCACGCGGUUUAUUCGUUUGCGGGACCAACUCUUCUAACGUUGGACUUACCGUGACCGUUCGGAUGGAGAAAGGUGUCGGUGCAUCGUUGGAAGCGGGCGCACUGGUACUGGCCGAUCAGGGCGUCUGUUGUAUCGAUGAGUUCGACAAAAUGUCCGGUCAUCAUGGAUUGCUGGAGGUCAUGGAGCAGCGUUCGGUAAGCGUAGCAAAAGCGGGCGUUAUCUGCACGGUCCCGGCACGGACAACGGUACUCGCCGCUGCCAACCCGGCCGGUGGGCACUACAACAAAGCGAAAACGGUUUCGGAAAAUUUAAAACUUCAUCCGGCACUUUUGUCGCGAUUUGAUUUGGUAUUUAUUCUGCUGGACCGUUCGAACGAGCGAAAGGAUAAUCUGCUCACCGCACACAUCCAAAAGGUGCACGGAUUGUCCAAAAGCUGCUCCACAACGGCCGCUCAAGUAUUCUUUGAAGCAUCCGGCAGGAGUUUGUCCGAUGAGGGUGCGGAACCUCCGCUGGAAGAACGGCUACGGCUAGCGCCGGGAGAAAAGCUGGACCUUGUGCCUCCGGAACUCAUCCAAAAGUACAUCGGAUACGCCCGUAAAAACGUACAACCCAAGCUAACGGCAAAAGCAGCGGAAGAACUUCGCGACUUCUUCGUCGAAUUGCGCCGCUCACAACACGAAAUGGACAUGAUUCCCGUCACAACGCGUCAGCUGGAAGGUUUGAUUCGGUUAACGCAGGCACGGGCAAAGAUUGACCUAUCGCCUGAAGCGACGGUAGCGCACGUGCGCGAUGUGUUGGCUAUCUUGCGGCAAAGCAUGCUGGAUGUGUUCAGUACGGACGAUGGUGAUCUUCAGUUUACCCGCCUAACGAAUGGUAGCGGAACAAGCAAAACAUCGUUGGUAAGGAAAUUUGCACGCGUGCUCUCGUCACGAUCGGCCGUGACCGGUUCCACACUGUUUACGGUGACCGAGUUGAAGCAAGCAAUGGUUGCUGGUGGCAUUGUGGGUAAUUGUAAUGAGCUGAUCGAUACGAUGAACAUACAGGGAUUUUUGCUGAAAAAAGGACGCGAUUGUUACAAAUUCAUCAUCGAUUGAU